AUGUUUAUAGAAUCUGAAAAUGAGACAAUUGAAGAUGAAAAUUUUGAGUUUGAUGAAGGUAUUGCAAAAACUGGGGAAACAAUGCAAAUUGACAUUUUGGUUUUACCAAGUUUUGACUUGAAUGGCAAUCAAAACAACCAAGAAUGGCAAACUGGUACAAACUCUAUGGUAACUGAAGAAGAAACUUAUGAAAAUCAAGUUUUCCUACCUGAAAAUCAAGAUGCAGUUCAAGCACAAGAAGGAACUAAUAAUCAGACAAACACAAGACUAAGGAGGUCAGGAAGACCAAAGAAACGUGCUUUACAUGAUGAUUAUUAUGUUUACCUUCAAGACUUAGAGCAUGAUAUGAAUGAUAUUGGGGAUCCUAUGAACUUCAAGCAAGCAAUGAUGAGUGACAAAAAUGAAAAUUUGUGGGCUAUUUUGAAAUCAGAAUUAGGUUCCACGGAAAAGAAUGAAGUUUGGGAGCUUGUGCCUUUACCACAAAAGAGCAAACCAAUUGGCUACAAGUGA